AUGGACAUCACAGUGCAUUCAUCGAAGUGCGUCAAACCGGCCUACGCCUACGCCGGCGCCGGCGAUGCCCCCGCCGCCGCCGACGUGGUCCCGCUCACCGUGUUCGACAAGGUGAACUUCGACAUGUAUAUCUCCGCCAUAUACGCGUUCCGCUCGCCGGUCCCGCCCAACGCCGUCCUCGAGGCCGGCCUCGCCAAGGCGCUGGCGGAGUACCGGGAGUACGCGGGGAGGCUCGCCGUGGACGGCGACGGCCGCCGCGUGAUCGUCCUCAACGACGCCGGCGCGCGGUUCGUCGAGGCCACGGCCGACGUCGCGCUCGACGCCGUCACGCCGCUGAGCCCGGCGGACGGGGUGGUCGGGCGCCUGCACCCGUGCGGCGACGGCGCCGAGGAGCUGGUGCUGGUCCAGGUAACGCGGUUCGCCUGCGGGUCCGUCGUCGUCGGCACCACCGCGCAGCACGCGGUGGCGGACGGCCGCGCCUCCACCAACUUCUUCCGCGCGUGGAGCCAGGCUACCCGCGGCGCCGCCGUCGACCCCGUCCCGGUGAGCCGCCGCGCGUCCUUCUUCGCGCCCCGCGACCCGUCGCGCGUCGAGUUCGAGCACCGUGGUGCCGAGUUCAAGAAGACGCACGGUGCGCACGUCAACCUGGACGCCUCGUCGAAACACGUCGUCGACGACGACGGCGGCGGCGGCGAGGUGGUGGUGCACGCUGCGCACUUCAGCCGGGAGUUCAUCGCCGCGCUCAAGUCGCAGGCGUCGCCGCCGCCGCACCGGUACAGCACGCUGCAGUGCGUGGUGGCGCACCUGUGGCGCUGCAUCACGAAGGCGCGCCGCCUCGACGUGCACACCACCACCACCACCAGCCUGUGCAUCGCCGUGGACGGCCGGGCCAGGAUGCGGCCGCCGGUGCCGGAGGGGUACACGGGCAACGUCGUGCUCUGGGCGCGACCAACCUCCACCCCCCGCGACCUCGUCUCCGCGCCGCUCCGCCACGCCGUGGAGCUCAUCAGCCGGGAGGUAUCCCGGAUCGGCGACGGCUACUUCAAGUCAUUCAUCGACUUCGCGAGCUCCGGCGCGGUGGAGGACGAGCGGCUGACGCCGAUGGCCGACGGCGGCAGGACGGUGCACAGCCCGGACGUGGAGGUGAACAGCUGGCUGCGGAUCCCGUUCCGCGGCAUGGACUUCGGCGGCGGGCCGCCGCUGUUCGGCAUGCCCAGCUACGUGCCGCCGGCGGAGGGGUCGGUGAUCGUGCUCCCGUCGUUCUCGUGGGACGGCGGCGUGGACGCCUACGUGCCGCUGUUCCGCCGCGACGUCGGAGCCUUCGACCGCUGCUGCUACUCCUUGGCCGACGCCGGCGCACGGCUUUAG